UCCUCCCAUAUGGAAAUUCUGCCUGGAAAUAUGUCAUAUCUCGGCUAUCGUAUCGUCCAUCGCGGUUCCUUUGGCGGUGACUAUUUUCGCGUUGUAUGACCCCACCCACGCCCCUUACUUGGGCUCAUUGGUUGGAAAUAGAUAUUCGUGCCAGAUGCUGAACACAUUCACGCACGUGGCCCUUCUACUCCUCCAGGGAUGGGAUUUCAUCAUAAUUACAAACAUAUUUUGCAUGAUGGUUGUACAAAUAUUUUUUGGCACGAUGAUCUUCAUUACCGCAUUUUUAUCAGCUUUAACAAGGUCCAUUAAGGGUCGGCAAGCCAGUAUGCAGGAACACUUCCGGUUGUACAGAGGACUCGAAAUACUAACAUCUCGAUUAAAUUUCCUAUUCAGAGGACUAAUUCUACCAGCCAUUCUACUCUAUUCAAUUUCCUGCAAUGUGCUCGGAACUUAUUUGACCGUAUCGGUAAAAUCUGAAAUAUUCGAAGAAUUGCGAAAUGCUGUAUUUCCCCUAUUCGCAGUCGAGACAGGGCUCGCAAUCUUAGUCUUGGGAAGAGUUGGAGGGUUGAUAAAUAAGCGCUCGAAAAGGUGCGUCCUCCUCUUGAGACGCAGCUUAAAGGACAAAAGUAGGAUGGCGAAAUCCUGUCAACCCUUAAAGAUUAAGUUUGGCAGUAAUUUUAUUGGCAGUUCAACCCCACUUGUAAUCAUAUGUUUUUGUGCUAAGAAUACGGCUCGAUUGUUGCUAUUGGAGGAAUAAACAAAUUUG